CGCCUCCAUUCCUUAGUCCCUGUCCCAGCUGGGAUCAUCUCCUCCACGCCCCCAGCUGACCCCGGACCAGAACGGAGACUGGCUCCCCAGCCUCACACUCUGACUCAGUUGCACUCACCCCAUCCUGCCCCCGCGGCCGGAAUUGAAGUUCGCGAAGUCCAAGGACUUUGCGAGCUAGACGGCGCCGGGACUCCAAGACCGCACGGGUGGCGGGCAGAUUCCCCCUUUUGCUUGUGAAUCAUGGCAGCUCCCAUGAAGGGCCAAGUGUGCGUGGUGACUGGUGCUUCCAGGGGUAUUGGCCGCGGCAUCGCCUUGCAACUCUGCCAAGCAGGUGCCACAGUUUACAUCACCGGCCGCCAUAUGGACACCCUUCGGGCCACUGCUGAGGAGGCACAAUCUCGAGGAGGCCGGUGUGUGCCUGUGGUGUGUGAUUCAAGCCAGGAGAGUGAAGUGCAAAGCUUGUUUGAGCAAGUGGAUCGGGAGCAGCAGGGGCGUCUGGAUGUGCUGGUCAACAACGCCUAUGCCGGAGUCCUGGCAAUUAUGAAGAACAUUAACAAGGCAUUCUGGGAAAUCCCUGCCUCCAUCUGGGAUGAUAUCAACAAUGUUGGACUCAGAGGCCACUACUUGUGCUCGGUGUAUGGAGCACGGCUCAUGGUUCCAGCUGGUCGGGGGCUCAUCGUGGUCAUCUCCUCCAUUGGGGGGCUGCAGUAUCUCUUCAAUGUCCCCUAUGGCGUGGGCAAAGCUGCGUGCGACAGGCUGGCUGUGGACUGUGCCCAGGAGCUGCGGCGCCACGGGGUCAGCUACGUGUCUCUGUGGCCAGGGUUGGUGCAGACAGAACUAAUAAAGGAGGUCGUGGUGAAAAACGACAAUACUGACGAUCCCCUGUUGAAGCAGUUGAGAUCUAAUUUUUCCUCUGCGGAGACCACAGAAAUGAGUGGCAAAUGUGUCGUGGCUCUGGCAACAGAUCCCAAUGUCCUGAGCCUGAGUGGGAGGGUGCUGCCAUCUUGUGACCUUGCUCGGCGCUACAACCUUCAGGAUGUGGACGGCCGCCCCGUCCAAGACUACUUGGCUUUGAGCUCGGUCCUCUCGCAUGGUUCUAGCCUGGGCUGGCUGGCCUCCUACUUGCCUGGCUUCCUCCGUAUCCCCAAGUGGAUUUUGACCCUCUACGCUAGCAAGUUCUGACCCUCCUGGCCUGACGUCAUGCCUCUGCCCUCCCUCAGGCUACAUAGUAAGGCCUAUCUCAGUGAAACAAGGCAGCCUCUCCUGCCUACCUCAUACCCUUGAGAGGAAGAGAAGGCCUCCACUGUGCGUCCUGGGUGAGCCCUGUGGGCCCUUACGGAUCCUUCUUUAUGCCUUAAUUUUACCUGCCCCUACAUUUCACUUUUUGCCUUAGUAUUGAAAAACGCUCUGGGGGCUAAUAAAAGUCUCGUUUCUCUUUCAGUGAGU